AUUCCUCACUCACGACCCACCGGACCCUCACCGCGAAUCCCCCACCGGACCGCCGCCGGCGAACUCCCCCCCUCCUCCUCCUCUACCACCUCCGGCGCCCCUCCGGCUCCGCUUCGGCGACCCGAAUCUCCUCGACCAAUAUGGACUCAGAGCCCUCAUCACAGAACCCAACUGAUAUGACAGCAUUUGUACAAAACCUCCUAACCCAGAUGCAAUCAAGGUUCGAGUCUAUGUCCCAGAACAUCGUGUCAAAGAUAGAUGAAAUGGGAACCAAGAUCGAUGAACUGGAGCAGAGCGUCAACGACCUGAAAGCUGAGAUGGGUACUGAUGUGCCGACCAAGAAGCCCGACGAGGCCAAGCCUGCUGACUCCACAUAACCUGGCUGCAGACCAGAGAUUUGGCCCGCAAUGAUUUGGCGACUGAUGGGAUUUCAUUGUUUAUGUGUACCUGUUAUUGUUUCAUGGACCUUUGCUCGUGAAUGACUUCACUACUAUUGUGCUAUCUAGACAUCUGAAGUUGCGUGAGCUGCCAGUUGUUUUUUUUACAAUUGCCAGUUGUGCCAGUUGUAAAACCUUUUGCUCCCAAGGCGACAUGUUGGCCUGUAUGCAAAUUGAUGUAGCAGAAUGCCUGUGAGAGUUGCCACUGGCGAGUCUGGCGUUAACACAGGCGUUUCUCUUCAUCUCCUGUGUAGCUUUCCCGCUCAGUAUUCACCUAUGCGAACUUGAUGCAUGUGACGCUGUGAUUUUCAGUUGAAAAAAUAAAAAGGAACAGGCGUAUGGUA